ACCUCUGCAAUCAUUGCCACAAUGAAAGACAAGACGCAGAGGGUCAACCUAUCAACAGUAUCUGAAUUUGUUCUUGUAGGUCUUUCUGAUGCCCUGGAAAUCCGUUUGCUUCUCUCUGGGCUGUUUUUGAUUGUUUAUUUAGCCACCAUAGCAGGCAACAUCACAAUCCUUGUUGCCAUUAGCACAGACGCUCGUUUGCACAACCCCAUGUACUUCUUCCUUGGCAACUUGUCCUUACUGGAUGUUCUCUGCCCCACUGUCACCGUGCCCAAGAUGCUGGAGGCCUUGUUGCUGGAGAACAAGGUGAUUUCCUUCACUGGCUGUGUGGUCCAGCUGUUCUUCCUCGUUGACAUUGUGGGCACAGAGAUUUUUCUCUUGGCCGUGAUGGCGUACGACCGCUACGUCGCAAUAUGUCAUCCGCUGCAGUACGUGAAUAUCAUCAGUAUGAAGCUCUGUGCUCACCUCGCCAUCGGCACCUGGGUAGUCGGGUUUUUUAACUCUCUGCUACACACAUCUUUGGUGUUUACGCUAUUGUUUUGUGAUUCUAAUGAAGUUGACCAAUAUUACUGCGAUAUUCCCCCCAUGCUGGCUGCCUCCUGCUCACCUACUUAUACCAAGACAACCCACAGUAGAGAGCUGGUAAUUCUCACAGUGGCUGGGGUCCUUGGGAGCAGCGCCUUUGCAAUCACCCUGAUCUCAUACAUCUACAUCCUCUGGGCGAUCCUGGGCAUGAAUUCUUCGGAGAGCAGGCACAAAGCUUUCUCCACUUGUGGGUCUCACCUGACCGUCGUGUGCCUCUUCUACGGGACCACCAUUUGUACGUACGUACGGCCUUCCUCCACCUACUCCCCUCAUCGGGACAGGAUAGUUUCCAUGCUCUAUGGAAUCCUCACCCCCCUGCUAAACCCCAUCAUCUACAGCCUGAGGAACAAAGAAGUUAAAUGUGCCCUAAGAAGAGUGAUCAGCCAGGUGAGAGCCGCUUCAACAAGACAAUGAUGUGUCUUUCAGUCUCUGGAGCCCUAGGAACUGGACAGGCACCAUGGUUUGAUGGAGCUUCUCUAACUUCAGCCGCCUAAAAGUCAGAUGGUGGAAUCAAAGCUCCUUCUCUGGGCUCCCUUUACUGUUAAAAAGGGAGGCCAACUGGAUGGCACAGCUUUAGGUCAUUGUAACAAGAGGAGAUGUCUUCAACUGGUAAUGUUUUUCUCCACUAAGCAUAGAGGAAGGUUGGAUGAGACCCUCAGCGUUAGGCACAGGUGUUGGAUGUAUAUCUUAGAGUGUGAAUGCUUAGAGUGGGAAUUGGUACUAUCAGCACACUUAGAUACACAUUCUUCUGUUUUAAAGCGGUUUGUAGGGCUGGUGCCUCUUACUGACCACAUUGCUUCUGCAGAAAAUGUGAGCACGUCCUUUGUGGGACAUCGACUGGAAGAAAAGCUCCUUUGCCAUCACUUAAGGUCAUCAGUCUGGGUGUGUUUUCAACCAGCGUGCCAAGAAUCCAACUGCAACACCUGCAGUGCCACCAGGCCAUGGUUUGCACCAUGUAUCUCAAAAUCAGUCUGCCAGGGUGCAAAUCAACUCCCAUAAACUAGAGAUGUGAGCUGUGCUGGUGUCUGUACAUUAAAACUAAACUCUUACAGCUUGAGAUGGACCUCAGGCGGCGUUAAAGUGCUGUGUGACAUAUCAUCCCAGCUGUUGCGGCAGGUGUUAAAUCACUGAUGUAACUUUGUUUGCACGCUGCUCCUUACUAAAAAGCAGAUGUGAAGCACGGCUGUUCAGUGUUUGCUGUCCUGGUGUGAGGGAUAAGCUGAUGGCUUUCCUGCAGGAAUUCAUCUUAGUGGUAGCAAAUGCACGUUCUUCCCAUUAAAACAGUGGAAAUAAUUCAAGCUUCAUCCAUCCUCAGUUGUUGGUCAUGUUGACAAUGGGUUCAAAAGUAAACUGUAACAAAGAAAGAGCUUUUCUCCAGCGUAAUGCACUCUGCAUUUUUUAAGUACAUUUCACCAACUUAAGAAAAUGCGUGCAAGUCUAUUGAAGACCAUUUACAUUUCAAAGUCAAGCAUUAAGAAGGUGGUAAGGCCACUCUUGUAGCUGUAAUGCUACAGAGCUUCCCAGAAAGUUCAGGGUUUUUCAAAACACAAGUUUUAAUGGCGUGCAAGGUGACCCAAGGUAUCCUCUACUGCCAAACAGGGGCUAUAGAGCAGCAGAGGAGAGCAGUAGAUGUUUGCACAGGGUUUCCUGUGAUUCUUGAACUAUGACAGUGAAAUAUAUUUUUUAAAAAAGGGCUAUUUAUUCCAAAGCCAAAUGACAAGACGUGCAUCAAAGUGGACAAGGUGACAGUCCACACAUCAAAAAACCAAUGCACACGGAAAACGUGGUAGAGGCUGGAGCACCGUUCUGCUCCCGGGGUCACCAACCGCUCUGCAGGGUCCCAGGAAUUACUGCAGAUGUUAUAUGGUGGCGGGGAGCAGGAACCAGCCCAGGGACCUGCCUGUUCUUGCCUGCAACGCAAGGGAUGCAGCUGCAGUGACCCAAGGACUGUCCUGUCACCGUGCAGAGGGUGAGCACUGGGGAUCAGGACAAUCCUCACCCCACAGACAUCCCCUCCUUGUUCCUCCUCCCAGCGGGGCUCAUGGGACAGGAGGGACACAGCAGGGACAGCUGGUCAUAUGGGAGGGAUGGGACUCUCCUAGGGCUGCCACGAGGGGCCACUCUUGCCAUGUGGCUUCCCCAGAGUGAUGGAGGGGAAG